AUGGAGAGCGUGGACAAUGGAGUCAGUUCGACUUUGUUCAAAUCAUUUCUUAUUAAGUUCGCUCAAGUUCAAAAAACCAGUUAAGAUCAGUGAAAAUUAAAUAUUUGCUCAGUAGUUUCAACGCAGCAGAACCCCGUUAACUCCAACUCGCCGCUAACUCUAAUUAAGUUCAAUUUCCCUUGGAUUUCACCUCGUCCCUUUCCUCUCAUUUUUACUCGGUUAACUCCAACUCGGAUAACUCGAAUUCCACUACCGAAAUAUACUCAGUCGUAGGUUAUUAUGUACCCUGUUUAGGACAGAACGGUCAAGAACCACACCCUGUCCAGCGGCACCACAUCCCCGUAUAGGUCAUAUAACCUAAGCAAGUAACCUCCCGGGGUCAUAACAUGCCACCAACCAUGUUGCAUUAACAUUUAUCAAGAGAGAGUAGUAACGACUGCUGUUUCUCUCUGUAGACCAUCCUCCGAUUAACUCAAACGUUUAUCGAUAUCAAAAUAACUUUGGUGAAAUUCACAUAUCCCAAGGGCUAGACAAUGUGUUUCCCCCUGUGUCUCAUUAUUCCCUUUUUGCAUUUAUUUAUUUAUUUGCUUGUGUUUUAUUUGCGCGCAUUUUUUUUGCUUUUCCCUUCAAAAUAAAACUAGUGAGGCAAGUUCCUCGGAUUGUUUCACACUGGGCACGGCUCUGGUCUGUGGAAUAAUUGUUAAAUAUCCGUCACUUUUUUUUAGGAAGAAGAAUGCUGAUCUUCUCGCCGAUGCCUUGGAGUUCAUGUACACCCCCUGGCCUGACAACAGUAACACAUACGCAUUAAGAAGUGGACUUGUUGAUGUUAUUGGAGAUAAAAUUUUCGCUGCCCCCAGUCACAAAGUCGCUGAUGUUCACAGUCAGGUCGCUCCUGUUUACAUGUAUGAAUUUGCUCAUCGGGCAAAGUUAAGUUUGGCGGUACGUGCAGAGUGGAUGGGCGUUGUUCAUGGCGAAAACAUUCCCUUUGAUUUUGGACUUCCUUUCCUUCCUAAAUUUUCGCCACAUUAUAGUCAGGCUGACAGAAAUGUCAGUCUGUUUAUCAUGAGCAUGUACGCAAACUUCGCCCGGUCCGGCGAUCCUUCAGUCACCGGUGUCACGUGGGAGAAAUACAACUCGAGUCACAGGGCUUACCUUAAAGUGGACACAAGUCCCAAACUGAAGACGUCAUUUAAUUCUCGCCGAAUGUCUUUUUGGAAUAAUUACUAUCCUAAAUUGGAGCAGGUGAAGUUUGAUGUCAAUAAAGAGGUGGUCAGCGGUGCAAAGGAUGUUGUUACCAUAGGAACUGCUCUUCAAGUUGUAUUUGCUUUAAUAGUAUACUUGAGUUAUUAA